AUGCAUCUCGCCAUCAUGUUUGCUGGGGCUAUCCUGGCCAUUGCUUCCAGCGUUCUUUCCAUCCCGGCGGCAGUCUCGGGUCCGACCUCUCCGCAGGAUAACUGUACUGCCUCCUCCACAUCGCCGCAGCAAAAUUCCCAAGUCAUCAAGUGCCAGGGAAGCAUCUGGAUGAAGAAUAAGACAACCCCUGAAUCAUCACUCGUUGAAGACUGUCACCAUCUACAACGUAACAUUGCGAAGGACGGCGAGUGGAGGACUAUGUCGAGCCACCACCGCAAUCUUGCAACGUAUGGCACCUGUGUCUUCGGAGUCUGGGGCUUCGACGGCCUCGACAUCUUCAAAGUCGGCAAUGACGACAUCAUUGACCGAAUCGACGAGGCCGUCGCCCAGUUCGCAUUGCAAGAUGCGGACGGGAACUACCACGUUGGAGCAGAGGGCGAGUUCUGGUGCGACAGCCUGAUGAGCUGGCAGGAUGGAGUUAUCUGGGGCAUCUACCACUCUGAUGAUGAUUUCUGA